AUGUCUUUGUCAAUGCGAUCCAUUUGUCUGGAGCAGUGCCCGGUGAAGCGGGGAACAGGGACUUACUUCAUUAAUUGUGGUGAUAGUGACAUCUUCAAGGGGAACUACCCAGAGGGGCAAGGAGAGGCUUCAGCUAGGGGGACAACCAUGGAGGGGGACUGUCUCAGCUGCAUCAAGUACCUCAUGUUUGUCUUCAAUUUCCUCAUCUUUCUUGGGGGCUCUUUCCUCCUCGGAGUUGGAAUGUGGGUGCUUGUGGACCCCACAGGGUUCAGAGAAAUAGUAGCGGCUAAUCCCUUACUGUUCACUGGUGUCUACAUCAUUCUGGGUAUGGGCGGCAUGCUCUUCCUCCUGGGCUUCCUGGGCUGCUGUGGAGCCAUCCGUGAAAACAAGUGUCUGCUCCUGUUUUUCUUCAUGCUCAUCCUGCUCAUCUUCUUGGCGGAGUUGGCUGCUGCCAUCCUGGCCUUCAUAUUCCGGGAGCAUCUGACCAGAGAGUACUUCACCAAGGAGCUGAAGAAACAUUAUCAGGGUUACAACAACAGUGAUGUCUUCACCUCUACAUGGAACGCCAUCAUGACUACAUUUGACUGCUGUGGAGUGAACAGCCCUGAGGACUUUAAGGACAGCCUGUUCAGGGUUCUCAACCAGAAUCACAUGGUGCCAGAAGCCUGCUGCCAGCGUGUCAGUCAGAACGGAGAACUGUCCUACACCAGCCAGGAGCAGUGCUUAUCAGGAAAUAUGAUGUUCCGCAAUAACAAGGGCUGUUACUCUGCAGUUGUGGACUACUUUGAACUGUACAUCUAUGUGGCUGGAGCCCUGGCCAUUGUGGUGUUAACCAUUGAGCUCUUUGCCAUGGUCUUUGCCAUGUGUCUCUUCAGGGGAAUCCAGUAGAGGUGCUAUUUCUGCAAAGAAUCUUUUUUAAGAAAGGGAAUUCAGGAGCAAAGAAUGAAAUGGACAUCUGUAAAUUUGUGGAUCUCUUUUUCUAUUGUGUAAUUGGUUAAAAGCAAAAAAACAAAAAAAAAGACAAAUAACAAACUCGUACUUCACAGCUGGACUUUUGAGGUACAGGGUUGAAAAAAGACAUAAAAUUCAUUGAGAAAGUCAUAGGUCAAAGACAAAGCUUAAAAGAAAAUUGCGUGUAAAGUGGAAACAAUGUUUUUGGACCAGGUCUAGCACAGACUGGGUAUAAUGUGGACCGGGGAUGAGGAUGCCUGGGCAGAAGGCACUGCACUGACUUUUGGAUGAAGAAUAUUUAUAUUAAGUAAAGUUGGCUUAACCGUAACAAAAGAAAGGUUUUUCAUGUACAUUCUGGGUGGUAACCUGUUUCCUUCUCAUACUGUAUACCAUAACUAACCCCCUUCUUCAACAUGCCUUUUUACAGUCACAUCUCUCAAAUGCUGUAUAAUAUAAGCUGCGAGCUCUGAGUGUGUGUGCGUGCGUGUGUGUGUGCGUGUGUGUGUGUGUGUGCGUGUGCGUGCGUGUGUGUGUGUGUGCUGUAUGCUCUUUG